UGGCCAGCCCGCGCCACAGCUGGCUCGAACAUCUGCCUGGCCCGCCCGGUGCGGGGUCCCGAGAGGGCGCAGCGCGGAGGCACAGCCGGGGUCCGGGAAGGCGCCGUCCGCUGUGCUCAGAGCUCGGUCUAUGACGAGCAGUGGGAUCUGCCAUGGGUCGGGGGCUGCUCCGGGGCCUGUGGCCGCUGCACAUCGUCCUGUGGACGCGCAUCGCCAGCACGAUCCCACCGCACGUUCAGAAGUCGGUUAACAACGACGUGGUCGUCACAGACAACAAUGGUGCAUACAAGAUCACACAAUUGUGUAAAUUUUGUGACGUGAGAAUUUCCACCUGUGACAACCAGAAAUCCUGCAUGAGCAACUGCAGCAUCACUGCCAUCUGCGAGAAGUCACAAGAGGUCUGCGUGGCUGUCUGGAGAAAGAAUGACGAGAACACAACACUAGAGACAGUUUGCCAUGACCCCAAGCUCAAGUACCACGGCUUUGUUCUGGAAGAUGUUGAUUCUGAAAAGUGUAUUAUGAAGGAAAAAAAGAUGCAGGGCGAGACGUUCUUUAUGUGUGCCUGUAGCGCUGAGGAGUGCAACGACCACAUCUUCUUCGAAGGUGGAGAUGUUCCCACAACCAACCCUGACUUGUGGUUAGUAAUAUUCCAAGUCACUGGCGUCAGCCUCCUGCCUCCACUGGGGAUCACCAUUGCGCUCAUUGUGGCCUUCUACUGCUACCGCGUUCACCGGCGCCAGAAGCUGAGCCCCUCCUGGGAGACCAGCAAGCCGCGGAAGCACAUGGAGUUCAGCGAGCAUCUUGCCAUUAUUCUGGAAGAUGACCGCUCCGACAUCAGCUCCACGUGUGCCAACAACAUCAACCACAACACGGAGCUGCUGCCCAUUGAGCUGGACACUCUGGUAGGGAAAGGCCGCUUCGCCGAGGUCUACAAGGCCAAGCUCAAACAGAACACUUCUGAGCAGUUCGAGACCGUGGCGGUCAAGAUCUUCCCUUAUGAGGAGUACGCCUCCUGGAAGACAGAGAAGGACAUCUUCUCGGACAUCAACCUGAAGCAUGAGAACAUACUCCAGUUCCUGACGGCCGAGGAGCGCAAGACAGAGCUGGGGAAGCAGUACUGGCUCAUCACUGCCUUCCACGCCAAGGGCAACCUCCAGGAGUACCUCACGCGGCAUGUCAUCAGCUGGGAGGACCUGCGCAAGCUGGGCAGCUCCCUGGCGCGGGGCAUCGCACACCUGCACAGCGACCACACCCUGUGCGGGAGGCCCAAGAUGCCCAUUGUGCACCGGGACCUCAAGAGCUCCAACAUCCUUGUGAAGAACGACCUGACCUGCUGCCUGUGUGACUUCGGGCUUUCCCUGCGUCUGGACCCUACUCUGUCGGUGGAUGAUCUGGCCAAUAGUGGGCAGGUGGGAACUGCAAGAUACAUGGCCCCCGAAGUCCUUGAGUCCAGGAUGAAUUUGGAAAAUGUUGAGUCCUUCAAACAGACAGACGUCUACUCCAUGGCUCUGGUGCUCUGGGAAAUGACAUCUCGCUGCAAUGCAGUGGGAGAGGUGAAAGAUUAUGAGCCCCCGUUUGGUUCCAAAGUGCGAGAACAUCCCUGUGUCGAGAGCAUGAAGGACAACGUGUUGAGAGAUCGAGGACGACCAGAAAUUCCCAGUUCCUGGCUCAAUCAUCAGGGCAUCCAGAUGGUGUGCGAGACACUGACCGAGUGCUGGGACCACGACCCAGAGGCCCGGCUCACGGCCCAGUGCGUGGCAGAGCGCUUCAGCGAGCUGGACCACAUGGACAGACUCUCCGGAAGGAGCUGCUCCGAGGAGAAGAUUCCUGAAGAUGGCUCGCUAAACACUACCAAAUAGCUCUUCCUGGGCAGGCUGGGCCGAGCCCAAAGAGGCCACUCCAUCACCAAAGACCAGAGGCAGCAGGAAGCUGCCCCUGAACCAAUGCUUCCUGGAAACCCAGGGGUCCCUCCCCUCCCUGGAAUCUGUGGGGAUUGAGCAGAAACAAGAAGACAGCAGGGAGGGGGGGACACAAAGCAUUCAAUGCCUUUGACAUUGUCAUAGGAUAAGCUGUUAGCACUUCCUCAGGAAAUGAGAUUGAUUUUUACAAUAGCCAAUAACAUUUGCACUUUAUUAAUGCGUGUAUAUAAAUAUGGAAUAGCUAUGUUUUAUAUAUAUCUAUAUAUGUCAUAUCUAUAUAUACAGCCAUACUCUGGAAGGUGACAAGGAAAAAGAUCAAAUAUUCCCAGGAAAUUGGUUUGCUUGAAGAGCUCCAGAACAGAGCACAGAAGGAAGGGAUUCAUUUCACAUUAGCAUUUGUCAAUCGCGCACACAGUGGUUCUUUGCAUUAGGAGGGGGGCUUUGCAUUAGGAGAGAGACUCUGCAUCUCAGAGUUCACUGUGGCCCCUUUGCACUUGCUUCGCUAUACAAUUAUUCCCUGCACUUGGGUCCCUCCUUGGCUGUGGUAGUCAAGACAGUCUGUUUGGGCACCAGGUCUGGAGGUGCCUGUGUGCCAGUGUUAUCUCCUGGACUUUUCACUUGAACUUCAAGCUCCACUUUAACUUCAAACUACCUUCCUCAACUAGCUGGAAACUCUACUCCAUCUCUAGUCACUUAAAAAUUUUGAGCCCCAUUUUUCACUUUAUCAAGCUGCGGGGGAAAAAAACAUCAGACCAGAUCUCUCCACUCAUGAAAUUGCCACACCUUCUACUAAUGAGAGAUUGUUCUUUUGUUAAACCACACAAAAAAAUCCCUCUCCGCCUCACAAUGCCCAUGUUUCUGUUCUCACUCCCCGCCCUUCUCCCUGUCCUAUAAGGGGAAAAAUCUCCCCUGCAGGCUUUGUUGUAUGAUUUUUCAUACAUUUGGUUUGAGUCUGAAGCUUUCUUUGCAAACGCCAGUAGAGCCCAUCUUUCUGGGCUCCUGAAUACUCAAGAAACAUAGUGAAAGGAUUUGAGCUGCACCUUACUGCACAGGCAAGACUUUUUCCUCAGGCACUCUUGAACUUGUGCUUUGCUUGGCCUGCAGAGCACUUCACAAAUGAGCCACUUUUUAAAUAUUUGAAGAUUUUGCAAAAAAGAUCUGGAUCCCCAGGUGAGGAUAGAUAGCAGACGGUUUCCAGUUCCCUCCGGUCCACACCAUUCACAAAACAUGAGGACACUCAAAGCUGCUUCACUUCUCGCUAUGAACAUUGGCAUUUUUCACUGCCCACUCCCACCAGGAAUUAAACUUGCCUUUAACCAAGGUCCCUUGUAAGAACUGUGCAUCGAAGCAGUCAAUCUCUGGCUGUGUAAUAUAAUUCGGAUCCCUCCCUCCACCUGACCUGGUGUUAAGAUUUGGAGCUGGUCUUUUCGGACUAAAGGAGCCUCCUCUAAGUGGUCUCUGUGAGCCUACCACAGGGCUUAGAUAUAAGAGCUAUGCCUACCACAUUAGGGACAGGAGCCUUGUCUUCCACUGGGCUGACAUCACAGCUAUGGUCUCUCCAGCAUACCAGCCUUUGCAGAAUUUGCUAGUGAGGACUUGAAUGCAGGACACCAUUGUCCCAUUUGCAGUUAGGAAAUAGGUAUCCACAGGGGCCAAGAACAAAGCUUUAAUACUCCAUAGGAAACCUGUUAAUCCACACAUGUAUUAAUGCUGCAAAUAACAAUCUCUUUUUUUUUAUAAAAAAAUGUUUUUGAAGCUACUUAUUUUCAGCCAAAUAGAAAUAUUAGCAAAGGACUGAGAGUGAGCAAAUCAACUUGAUUUGGAUUUUGGAAGGUCUCAUUUUAUUGGGGUUUUCGCAGACAUGCUGAAGUUUGGGGUGAGGUAGAACUUUCUAGGCAUAUAGCUCAGUUGCCGUGAGAUGAAAGAAAUAAGGACAAUUUGGCUGCAGUGCCUUAGAAAUGUCCAAAAAUUCUGUGCUCUUUAAGGCUUGUUGAUGCCAUCCCAAUAGCUGUUGCUCAUUGACCUCUAGUGGUGAAUGUUUAGAAUACUGGUCCUUGAAUGCGAUCUUCCAAGAUUCAAAAAAGCUUUAUCAUUUCUGGUUGCUCAUCAGCAUAAACUGGAAUGUCGUAUCAGAUGAUACUGUGGCUUGUUUGUUUGUUUUUAUUAUGCAAGAAAAAGACCAAGACUACAUUCUGUAUUUCCUAAAAAUACUACUAUGCAUAAAGGGAAAGUUUUAUUCUUUUAUGGAACACUUCACAGUACUCAUGUAUUAAAAUAGGAAUGUGAAUGCUAUAUACUCUUUUUAUAUCAAAUGUCUCAAGCACUUAUUUUCAUCCUAUGCAUUUUUUUGGCUUUUAUAUAAAUAAAAUGUUUAUUAGAUUAAAUAAAGCAAAAAUACU